AUGCAGAAAAAACUAAAAAAAGGGGGUAAGGGUGCAAAGAAGGGAGGGAAGAAAUCUGAUGAUAAGGAGGGAUCUUCUGCAAUUACGAAACCUUCUACCAAAAAGCGAAAGGCACCAGCAACGUCUUCUAUUGCUGCUCCUAAAAGACGAAAACAGCCCACUCGUAAGCGAAAGUCUCCCACUCCAAAUCUAGUUCGCAAUGAAGAGCCUCGUGUUCAUAAUGAUGGAGAGAUUAUGAACCUUGAGGUAACCCAAACGAUCAAUGAAUUUGUUCUUUCUCCUCCUCCUUCUCCUAAAACUACUACUACACUUAUUACUAUUGCACCUUGUCUUCCACCCGUUUCUUCAUCACAACAAACAAGUAUUCCUCUUUCUACUCCAAUCUUCACUGAAUCCACACCACCACCAACUACAUCAGCCACACCUGCUAUUUCGGUCAACACAUCGGAUUUCGGGGCUAGAGUCUUAGGUUUCACCACCACUUAUGUUUCUCCACCUAUUUCCCUUUUUCGCACUGAUGAACCAGACAUGAUUUAUGGGGAUGGUGACCACGAUAAGUUCCAGUCUUCCAUUUCAUCUCAACUCUCCAAGAUUCAUGAUGAUCUAGCAAUGGAAAGAAAAAUAAUGGACGCACUCACUGUGAAGGUUGAGAAGGCAAAGACACUCUCGUUAAAGCUCGAACAAUCGGAGAAACAGGUCCAAGAUCUGUUAUCAGAGAAGGAAGUUAUGAAAAGUUGCAUCUAUGAUGUCACUGCCUUGCUCUCAGAUCUUAUUGAAGCCAGGGAUCUGAUGAUUCUCCUCAAUAAACUUUUCUCUGAUGAUCCCAUCAUUGACAACGAAGAAGAGGAAGAGCUUGAUGAAGCAGAGUUGAAAAGGAGAAAGGAUCACGAAGCAGAGAUGGACGAACAUCAAUGUAUUAUACGUGAAGUUGAAGCCAAGGAGAAGGCAGAAAAAGAAGCUCAGGUGACACUUGAGAGCAAAAAGCUUGUGUUUCCUACGUGGACUCUGAAGCAUCUUCAAUACGAAGUUGUUGACAUGCCAAGAGAAUAUUGUUUAGAGCCUGUUGUAUCCUUUGAACUUCAAAACAUCUGGACUCACAGCUUGAUCUACCAGUGA